AUGCAAUCAGUUUCAAUUGUCGCCCUUUUCGUCCUUGUUGCCUGUGUUUUCGCACAAUAUUCAAACCAAAAUCAAUAGUGAGUUCUUAUUUUAAGAUAUUUUAAGAAUGAUCAACUAUUUUUCAGCAGUAAUAACAACCAAUAUCAAACCACUCGUGCUAAUCAAUAUUCCAAUACCAACCAAUAUCAAAAUACCAAUUCUCAAUAUCAAAACAGCCAAUACAGUAACCAAUAUGGACAAACCACAUCGUCACCAUACAACAAUCAAUACAACUCAAAUCAAUAUGGAUCAACAACAUCUGGAAGACAAUUCGAUCAAUCUUUCAACUCUGUCUCGAAAGCUUCAGCUGUUAUGUCCGCUGUUGGAGCCAUCGCUUAUGCACUUUUGUAA